CAUGAGUCUAGCUGGCCAUGGCCUGCAGAAGUUUGCAGUUGGUGCAGGUGGCCAGGCUGCAGGCUUCAGGUGCGAAGUGGCGCAAGGUUUUCUUGAUCAGCGUCAUGGAGUGCCGAUUGCCAUGAGUUACGUUGAAAUGGGGCUUUCACUGGUUACUGUUUAGCAUAGGAAGCAGGAAGCCGUUCUUCUUCAUCUUCUCCCCCCAAUGCAGCAUUGCUUGUUGCAGAAAAGCGGCCAUCAGGGGCAGACGGUUAGUUGGACAAAGAAUUGUGCAGAGCAUCAGUGCGUGAAGAGUCCAUAAUCAUAGAUUACCUGUUUCUAGUUCUGAGCAACUGGCAUUUGUGCCUUUGAGGACCUCACUGGCGUUUGGUACUCACUUAGCAUUGAUUGGCAUUAACAAAGGGCUGGUAGCUGCAUUGUAUAAUGGAGAUUGCAGGCGACACUGCCGGGGCUGGGGCUUUUCACGCUACUCUCACACAGCUUCUCCAGCUCCAUGAAACAGAGAAAACGGCGCAGCAGCGAGCCCUCGAGGCCGCCGCUGCCAAGCACGCCAACGAAUUAGCGCUUGCCAAACAGGCCCACGAGAGCGAGGCAGAGCGUCUGAGAACCCAGCACAGAGAGGCGCAAGAAGCCCUGAAAAAAGAGCAUUUGGGGACGCUCGCUGAUGUCAGCGAGCGGCACGCCAGCACGCUCGUGUCUGUCAAGUCCAACCACGCUCAGGAGGUUGCCACGUUGAAGAGCCAGCACGCGGGCGAGCUCUCUGCGCUGACGGACAGUCAUAAGAAUGAGGUUGAAACACUGACUGCCGAGCAUGAAAGUCUGUUGGGAGAGGCAAGGGGAGAAUUGGCUCAAGUUCAAGAGGAGCUUCGUGUUACAGAGCAGCAUCUGGCGACGGAGCGGGAAACCGCGAAACAGCUCAAGGGGAAACUAGAGGCAGCGGAAAAGAGGAUCAUUGACCUGGGGAGGCAGGUUGCGCACGAGAAGGAGUUGGUUGAGGGGCUGCAUGGGAGUCUGGAGGACACAGAGAAACAUCUGGCGGGGGUGGAGGAAGCGCUUGCAAAGGAGAAAGCCCGGGGCGAGGCACUGGAAAAAGCGCUGGAGGAAGAGAAGGCCGGAAAGAAGGGGUCGGAGGAGCAGGCACGGCAACUGAAGGAGAAGCUGGAUGCAGAGAAACAAGCCCGAUUGGAGCUCGCCACCGCAUUCCAAGACACCACCAACGCAAAGCACGCUUUGGAAGCCACCCUGAGCGAGGUCAAGGCGGCCAGGCAGAAGUUACAAGAGGACCACGAUUCUUUGGCAGACAGACUAGCAAGCGAGGAGAAAGAACGAAAAGAAACCCAAGAACGCCUAGAGAAAGAAACAGCGGCGCUCAAGGAGAUAAGCGAGGCCCACAAAGCAGUAAAAGCGAAGCUAGAGGAAGAGAAGGGCGCUAGAAAGGGGCUUCAAGCAGAGCACGAUGCGCUGGGUGAGAAGUUCAGCCAAGAGGAGAGUGUGCGGAAAGAAACGGAGGGACUUUUCUCGAAGGAGAAAGCGGCGCGAAGCGAGCUGCAGGCGCGUUUGGACGGCGUUCGGACGGAGCUGAAAGCGGAGACGGCGUCCAAAAAGGCGCUCGAGACGUGGUCCGAAGAGCUCGCGGCGCGGCUGGCGAGCGAAGAGGCCGUCCGGAAAACGACGCAGGAGGAACUAGGGGCGGAGAGGAAAAGCGCCGCGGAGCUGCGGAAGAAACUGAGCGAGGAGACGAGCGUGCGGGCCGCGGUCGAGAAGAAGCUCGCGGAGACCGAGAACGAGCUCGACAGUGAGAAAGAGUUGCGGGGGUCGGUGGAGGGGAAACUGGCGGACGAGACGGAGUUGAGAAAGAGUGCAGAGAACGACGUCAGAGAUCUGAAGAAGGAUUUAGAGGUGGCGCGAAACGAGAGCGCGCAGCGGGGGAGCAAGUUCGAGGCGGAAGCGGCGAAGGCGGCGGAGCUGGCGGGGGCACUGCAAGAGGAGCAGAAAGCGAGGUCUGAGGUCACCGCUCAACUAUCCCAGGAGCGCGAAUGGAAGGCGAAGGCGAUUGCUGAGCUGCAAAAGGAGCGCGCGACUCUCGCCGAUACGGAGAAGCGGCUACAGGCCGAAACGGAAGUGAAGGACCGAACGCAGGCGAGCUUCGAAAAGGAAAAGGAGAGGUCGGAGAAGCUGGGGCGGGAACUAGAGGUGGAGAGGAUAGCGUGGGAAGCGGCAGAGGAGACGAUCAAGAAGGAGAAGGCGCUCAGGGCCGCGGAGCUACAAGAAGAGAUCCAGCUGGUGCAAGGGCUCGAGUCGGAGCUGCAAAAGGAGAAGGACCUGAGCGCGCAGGUCUUCAAGGAGUUGCACGAGGAGAUUGAGCGGAGUCAGGCGCUCCAAGAGAGCGUCAAAAAGGAGAAGGAGCUCAACCGGCAGAUCCGCGCAGAGUGGGCGCGCGAGAAGGAGAUGAAGGCCAAGGAAAAGAAGUGGCGGUAACAGGGGGCGGAGUCGGGGACUUCGGUGGGAGCCCAUGAAGUUGAUAGCUUUUUGAGUUGAAAAUUCGUUGGAUCAUGCCGGCGUAGGGAGUGUGCGCACUUGCCGCGCCAUGUCUUGAAGUAUGAUAAGCAUGUUGUUAGGCGUUGCAAGAGAUCAGGAAUACUAGUACGUAAUGGAUCUGUUUGGUCGUAAACGCUUUUGAAAGAUUCAGAUACAGGGUGUCAAGUGAUACAAGGUCUUGGUUAGUUGCUGAUUCCGGCUCUAGAAUGGAGAAAACGGCACAAUAAGUCAGUAGCCUGGUCGAUGCGCAUAGGCAACCAAAGUUGCCCAUGCAGUUUUCUUGUACGACCUGAUUAUCGUCCAGAUUGGGAAGUCAACUUUUCCUGCAAUACAAUUACAGUCUUGCAGGAGUCGGCCCGGCGCCAGGUCCUGCCUAGAUCGAUAAACGCU